GAGAAAAGUUGAAAAAGAAAACAAAAAGGCAACUUUAGAACCAACCCUUUACGCGAGGCAUGCAUUAGUAUUGGUGUAUCCUUUGGCAUUUCCGCGAGCUUGGCAAACGAGAUAAAAACGACAUUUUGCAGUGUCAACUAGAAAAAAGGAAAAGAAGCGCGAAACAAUGUAAACGUUUCCUAAUACAACGAACUAGCUUAAGUAUAAGCAGCGCUCAAGCCGCCGUCGCCGCAUUGCAAUGGAGAAGAGAAUAAAAUUGGAGCGACGCGCACGCAAAGCAAAUCAGAUCACAGAACUGAAUCUAGAUAAUUGUCGGAGUGCAAGCAUUGUUGGCCUUACAGAUGAAUACACCGCCUUGGAAUCGUUAAGUUUGAUCAAUGUGGGUCUGACCACACUGAAAGGUUUCCCCAAAUUACCCAAUUUAAAAAAAUUGGAAUUAUCCGAUAAUCGUAUAUCCAAUGGCCUUAACUAUCUAACAACCAGCCCAAAAUUGCAAUAUUUGAAUUUAUCUGGUAAUAAAAUUAAAGAUCUGGAAACUCUGAAACCCUUGGAGGAAUUCCAAAAAUUGGCCGUCUUGGAUUUAUUCAACAAUGAUGCCACCCAAGUGGAAAACUAUCGGGAAAAAAUCUUUAAGAUGUUGCCUUCGUUAACCUUCCUCGAUGGAUUCGACUGCAAUGAUGAGGAGGUGCAAUCGGAUGGUGAAGAUGAUGAGGAAGGCAAUGAUUCAGAUGAAGCCAUGUCACCUCCAAAGAAAUCUCACGGGGCUAAGAAACCCGAUAAUAAUGUGGUGCUGCAAGCCAUCAAAUCUUGUAUUAUCGAUGAAAAUGCAAUCCGUAAAAGUGCGAGAGAGCAUGGUAUAAACGACAGGACCUUAUCUCGAUACGUAAAGAAAACGAAAGAUAAUUUUGAAGAUAUUUCGAAAUUUAAAGAUGAGGAUUUGUUGGAAUUCAUUCAUGGUGUUGGUACAAGGACUCCAUCUAACAUGGUUUUCUCUCCCGCUCAAGAAAAAGAUCUCGUUAGAUACAUCCUGAAGUAUGUCAGUCACUACUAUGGUUUGAGCAUCAAUGAAUUGAAAGAGCUGGCAUACCAGUUUGCAAGGAAGCUGUCUAUCAGGUACCCACCUGAAUGGGAUAACGAUUGUAAAGCGCAUCGUAAGUGGUACAGACUCUUCAUGCAACGGCAUAGCGAACUGACGCUCAGAACACCGGAGCAAACAGAAAUGAACCGAGUCAAAGCUUUCUGCAAACCCAAUGUGGACAAUUUUUUCGAAAAUUUGUCUCGGUUGAUCGAUGUACACAACUUUGACGGUUGUUCCAUCUAUAAUAUGAAUGAAAGUGGCUUCUCGACUGUGCCAACAAAAAUUGGAAAAGUCAUCGCUUUGAAAGGACAACUAGAAGCUGCUGAGCGAGGAACCAUGGUCACACUGGCUCUUACUGUUUGUGCGAAUGGCAAUACAGUUCCGCCGUUCUUUUUAUUUCCAAAAAAGAAAAUGGAAAGAACAUUUUUGGACAAUGUUUCUCCUGGUAUUGCUGGAUUUGCGAAUGAUUCUGGCUGGAUGGGCCAGCCAGAGUUUGUCCGAUACAUUCGUCAUUUCAUCAAGUUCGUGAAACCAUCAAAGGAUCGUCCGGUGCUGCUGUUGAUGGACAACCACGUUUCGCACAUGUCGGUGGAAGCUCUCGACUUUGCAGAUGCAAACGGUGUCCACAUCUUGUCUUUCCCGCCGCACUGCAGCCACCGUCUUCAGCCACUGGAUGUGUCCGUAUUAGGCCCAAUGAAGACUUACUAUGAGUCACAAUGUUCCGCUUGGCAAAAUAACAAUGCAAAUAAGGUUUUGGAAAUUCGACACAUUGCUGGGCUUGUGUGCAAUGCAUUGGAUUUCGUUUUAACGCCAAAAAUAAUUAAGGCAGGCUUCGCUGCAACGGGCAUUGUUCCAUUCAAUCCCGACAUCUUCACAGACGCCGAUUUUGUUCAAACUAUUGCACAAAAUGAGGAACAAGUAGCUUUUGAUGCUGGAAUCACCAAAGAUGACCAGCGACGUAUCGUUUUGAACAAUACCUUGGAUAUAGGGCACGGAAAAGAGGUGCUAACAUCCGAAAUCUCUACCCCACAAUCCCUAUCUUUAAUGUCAUUGGUGACCAGCAGUUCAUCGGUUUUGGAUGAGAUUGAUCCUCUUCAGGUCGCUGUUCUAAAAAAGCCUUCGAAUCGUGAAAGAAGGCCUAUGCAAAGUGCUGAAAAUCGUUUUGUUUUGAAGGAAAAAACAGCAGCCAAAGGGGCGAAGAAGCGAGCAACACCGGGCAACACAAAGCAUGCAACCCCAUCACGAGCGGCCAAACGCUUCAAGCCAACAUCACCACCAUCUGAUGAAGAAACAGAUUUUUGCAUCAUUUGCCUAAAGCUGUUGCCGCAGAAAUUGACCGCUGCCAACUCUAUCAAUUGCAAUGUAUGCAAGCGUCCAGUUCAUUUCAAGUGCUCCAACAUGCAGGCAAGUUAUUUCACUUGCAAAUCCUGCGAAAGUGACGUGGACGAUGACGAUGGUGAAUAAAAAUCGUUGUCACUUAUGGCCAUUGAAGGUCAUUUUCUUUUGUA